AUGGCCAUUUCUCGGGGUGCAAUGCUGAAUAAUUACUCUUCAUGUACCAGUAACGAACAAGACUCAAGCUUUGUAAAGGCACGACAUCUUGUUCUUUGCCCCAAUUCUUUCUUUCUUUCUUUCUUUCUUUCUUUCUUUCUUUCUUUCUUUCUUUACUCCUGUCCUUUUUCUUUUUCGUAUUUCAUCCAUGCACUUUUCCGACUAAAUCCUUCUUUUUCUUUCUAUCUAUCUUUCUUUCUUUCUUUCUUUUUCUUAUUCGUGUUUUCAUUUAUGCACUUUUCCGACAAAAUCGUUCGUUCAUUCGUUCGUUCGUUCGAUCGUUCCUUCCUUCGUUCCUUCGUUCCUUCGUUCCUUCCUUCCUUCCUUCCUUCCUUCCUUCCUUCCUUCCUUCCUUCCAUCCAUCCAUCCAUCCAUCCUUCCUUCGUUCCUUCCUUCCUUCCUUCCUAUACUCCUGUCAUUUUUUUCUGUUUUUAUACCUGCCCUUUACAACUGAACCAUAAUUUCCUUCUUUGUAUACUCUUCACCGUCUUUUUUUUUUCGUAUUUUCAUUCAUGCAUUUUUACGAUUAAAUCCGUCAUUCUUUCUUUCUUUCUCAUUUUCAUUCAUGCACUUUCCGAUUAA